AUACUGCACAGAUGAUUUUGAUUCUUCUUCUUAUACUGCCGGUCGCAUGGCCCGGGAAUUAAUAAAUUCUCAACGUUUCUGCGGAAAAUGAAAACAGGAAGACUAAACGAGCAAAUGUUGAAAGAAAUGCAGCUGAGUUUCGAGCUCACCGAACAGCGAGAACUUGCCUCCGGUCGCAGAAAGCCGGGGAAACCAGCGCCUCCACCUGUGGCUUCCAAACAGAAGGUGAUUCCAAAGGCUUCCAGUGCUCCCGCAGAGAUUACGCCCCAAAAGAUGCAAAAGGUUGAGAUAAAGUCGCCCCAAACAUCGAAGGCAAAAAAGAAGGCUGCCCAAAAGAGGCCGGUUUCCAAUAAAGGGACAAUACCAGAUAGUUCUCCAUCCAGAAAGAGGCCCAAGAAUGAUGUUACUACUCCAGGGAAGAGUCCCAAAGCGAAAUUCCAGACUAUUUCCAAGAAACCCGUUGUAAUGGAAACAUUCAAUAUUCCCGUGCCAAAGAAACUUAAAAAAGGCCAUAUAGGAAAAGUUUCUGGUAAGAAUGAAUCCGUAAAGAGCCCCACGAAAACAAAAGGUUCCAAAAUCGCCAGAUCGCAGAAUAUACCUCAGAUAUUCAAGGAAUACAGUCAAAAUGGAUAUAACAACCCAAACAAUGGUCCAGUCAAGAGCUAUACAAUUUUCAAUAACAAUGGUAGUGACUACGAACGGGAGGAUUUUGAGAUUUUAUCAACAGAUGAAGAGUAUGAAGAGAAUAAUUCUAUAGCAAAUGAUUCGUUUACCGAUGACUCCGAGGAAGUUAGCGAAAAUUUCUUUAAAAAACCACAGAUUUUUAAAGCCAAAUCCAAAGGGGAUCAGAGCAAAAUACUAGCCUUACCUGCUCCAUUUGAAAAUGUAGAGGACCGCGCUCACCUAUUACAAGGUGAUGGCAAGGGAAUAGUUCGAAAGAUUGAGGUAUUCGAGAGUGCAUUGGCGGAAAUCGACAGUGACGAAGAGGAUGAUGAUUAUGAACCACAGGACAGCGACGACUUUGUAUCUGAAGAAUUUGACAGCGAUGAAUCUGACAGUGAAGAUACCAGCAGCGAGGAGUUUGACAUUGAAGAUAGCGAAGACUUUGACAGCGAUGAAGAUUUCGACAGCGAAGAUAGCGAUAGUGAGGAAUUCGGCAGCGAUUUCUUCGACAGCGACGACCUCGAUUCAACCUAUGAGCCCCCUGACAUCGAUGGAUUCUUUGAUGACCAACCUAUGGGAAUACAAAAAGAGCCUCUUACUAUAGAGGAAAUCUUUGAUGAUCAACCUACGGACGAAAACCAGAAAGAACUGGUUAGAUACCAAGGCCAACCUAAGGCCAAAGAGACAAUAAGAGAGGCAAGCGUUGUGGAGGAGAUUCUAGAAGAAUCCAUUGUUGUGCCUCCAGAAGAAGAUUCACCUAAAGAAGAAUUUAGCACUGUAAUAGACGAGCCUGCAGUUCUCGAGGAAACGAUAGUGGAUGCUGAGGAAUCAUUGCCAGAAAUUGUACCAACCGAAAAGGAGCAGGUUACCCAACCUAUCGACACACCUUUUUACAGAAACCCUCAAGCCAACUUCACCGAACUCAGCGUGUUCGAAAACAGUCUCAAGAGCAACCAUGUGCUGGCCGUGAUUAAAGAAGAUCUGGAGCUGUAUGGUACACUGGUGCUCACCCUGCUGAGUGGCCAGAUAUCAGUGAAUGGUUACAGGCCGCGCAGACAAGAGCCCCUUACCAUUUAUUCGCCAAAAGGCCUUAAUUGGGUGUCUAUCUCACCCACAAAGACCAAAAAACCUGCCAAGGAUGAGGUGCAAUGGGAGGAGCUCAACAAGAACUUUACGCGAGCCCAGCUGGACAGGAUUCAAGGCAGCUUCCAGAAUCAGACGAAUGCAAUAGUACUACUACAGCGCAAUACAGGUGCCCAGCAUCUGGUGGAUAACUUUGGCAAGCACAUGGCGCAGAAUUUGUUCCCACUGGUCAACGCUUCCAAUCGACCGUUUCACCAAAGUGAAUCCUUGUUGCACUGCCUGAUCCAAUCCUCCGACCUGAGUCGUACUCUGCAAGUUCCGCAAGUGUGGAAUAAGUUGAAACUGCAGACCUCUAGUCGGAUUCUAAUAGCAGGUGGCAAGGGCGUUGGAAAAUCCAGUUUACUUCGUUACCUCAUCAAUCGGAAUCUUGGUCAGUUCCCAUCGCUCCUGCUUAUCGAUUUGGACAUAGGUCAGCCGGAAAUCUUCGUUCCUCAGACGGUUUCUUGCACUCUUAUCGAUGGGCCUCUUUUGGGACCAGGAUUCCUCUACAACAAGCAACCCGACCAAGCUUAUGUCGUGGGCCACACCAAUAUAGUCUUGUGCGCAGAGCAGUAUGCUCGAGCAGUCAUUCAGCUGAUCCAGAAAAUUCAUAAGGAUCCGAAGUACGCAAAUAUUCCCUGGCUGGUAAAUACUAUGGGAUAUAACAAAGGAUUUGGUACCGAACUGAUGGCCCUGCUGGUGGAUCGCAUCCGACCCACUGACCUUAUCCAAAUUUCCAGUCCAGUUCCGAUCAAUAACUUUGAUUCUUUCCUCGAAUGGAGCAGUUUGUCCCAGUUGAAACCCAUUAUCUACACGGCGGAGGAGUUCAGGGUGAAGGAAAUAGCAAAGUACACACUCCACAAGUUACAGAGCGUGGCGCCUGCCAAAGAUCGAGGAGCUUGGAGCCUGAGCGCCAAGGACAUGCGAUAUUCCAACCUGCUGGCACGCCUCAGUUCGUGUCUCACGGGCAAUGCCAAAACCCUCACAGACUGCCAGCCGGUAAAGGUGUCCCUGGAAUCCCUGAAGAUAGGGCAUGCCACCAGCGAGACUUACUCACGGGAAGAACUGAUCCACGGGAUGGAGGCAAAUGUAGUUUAUCUGUGUCAUCAGCAAGGAGAAGGCCUGCCUCAGUGCUUGGGAAUAGGAGUGGUUCGUGCCAUUGACUAUGACCGGAAGGAGCUGUUCCUGGUGCCUGCGAUGCCGCUUCAAAGGAUGUCCCUGGUGGAUUGCCUCAUUCUGGGCGGAGAACUAACCCUACCGCAGGGCUACUUCAAGAAUCAGGGUCAGGGAGUGGACAACAUUGUGCCCUUCGUAUUCAUCCUAGACGACUCGAAAUCUUCGAAGAGUAUACAGCAGAUCUACCAUCGAGCACCUGCCUUCCUGGGAGUUCCAGCGCAUCAAAGGAACUCAAACUGAGCUACGGCUAUAUCGUGCUAAUUGUAAAAAGACUAUUUGUAAAUAAAAUGAGGUUUAUUAACGAA